AUGCGUGUUUUUAUAAUUAUUGCUCUUUUUAUGGCUCUGUUGGACAUUUCUUCUUCUUAUCCUUACAUUGAUAAAGGUAAUGCUAGUAGCACUUUUGCUACUAUCCACAAAAGGAAUAACGGUACAGCAGCAAUUCCUACUUCCGCUUUUGUGGUUUCUGUUACCAAUAACGCUACUAAUUCUUCGUCGGUUCCUGAUUCCAGUGGCGCUGGUUCUUCUUUUGUUGCUCAUUAA